CAAUCUGGGCAGAAGAAAUGCGGAAAUGAAGCAGAAACGCAAACAGAGCAGUUUUUUAUUUCUUAUUUUUAGAGAACUUUGUUUUUAAAAUGGGCAUAUUUGUACAAAAAUUGUCUACAUUUUUUAUGCUUUUGUUUGUACAUGUAGUGAAAUCGUUUUAUUUUCCUGUUGCUGCUCCUGUUUCUUUUUGUAAGCAGCAGCUUGAUAAAAACAACGAAUGCAAGACUGAUAUAUUGGUUUAUGUCAACAAACUUAAUUCUGUUGAGAACCUCAUACCAUAUGAGUAUUCUAGCUUUGAUUUUUGUGCAAACAUAGGCUCAGAUCCAUCACCCGUUGAAAAUCUUGGACAGGUGGUGUUUGGUGACAGGAUCCAUCCAUCACCUUAUAAGUUUGAAUUUGGUCUGGACAAGGAAUGCGUAGCUGUUUGUAAAAAGGUUUAUAAGAAAGAUGAUGCUUACUCAAUGAAACAGUUGGAGUUCUUGAAAAAAGGAAUAAGUGCAAAUUAUCAACAUCAUUGGAUUAUUGACAACAUGCCUGUUACUUGGUGCUAUGACGUUGCUGACUCUGAACACAAGUUUUGUGCGCCGGAAUUUCCUAUAGGCUGCUAUGUAACCAAGCAAGGACAACCUGCAAAUGCUUGUGUUUUAAGUAAUAAAUACACUGAAGCAGACACUUAUUAUGUGUUCAACCAUAUUGACAUUAUAAUUGAGUAUACCAACGGUGAAGAUGAUAAAUGGAAUAAUUCACGACUGCUGUCUGCGGAAGUUGUACCCAGAAGACAUUUUUCUUAUAGCAUAGAUCACAAAGAGCAUAAUGGCUAUGUGGACUGUACAACGUACGAAACCAAGAGUUUGAAAGGAGACGUAGAUGCUAAUGUUGAUAUACAUUAUACGUAUUCUGUCAAAUUUGUGUUAAGUCAAUACAAGAAAUGGCACUCUCGUUGGGAUUAUAUUCUAAAACCCCUUAAUCACACAAGAGUCCACUGGUUUAGCAUCAUGAAUUAUCUCAUCCUGUUGUUGUUUUUGUCUGGAAUGAUUGCUAUGAUUAUGCUUCGACCUUUAAAUCGUGAUAUUUGCCGCUACCACCUUCUCCUUAACUCUAAGGAAGAAACUCAAGAUGAAUUUGGAUGGAAAUUGGUCUUUCGUCCCCCAAAAGCGGGCAUGUUUCUUUCCGUUUGUGUUGGAUUAGGAGCACAAAUUGGAGUUGUGUUCUUUGUGACUGUUGUAAUUGCAUGUUUUGGUUUGUUAUCACCUGCUAACAGGGGUGCUUUGGCGACAUGUGUAUUGGUGCUGUUUCCAUGUUUGGCUUCUGUGGGUGGCUACGUUUCAGGAAGAAUAUACAAAGUGGUUGGUGGGGAAAACUGGAAAUCUAAUGCUAUCCUCACAUCAUUCUUGUUCCAAGGGUUGAUAUUUGGUAUAUUCUUUAUCUUGAAUUUGAUAUUGUGGAUAAAGCAAUCAUCAGCUGCCAUACCAUUUUCAACUUUACUUCUAUUGCUAGCUUUGUGGCUUGGCGUAUCAGUUCCAUUAACCUUUAUAGGAUCAUACUUUGGAUGCAAAAAACCGGCAACUGAAGUACCAAAAAUUGAACUAUCAGAAAAACAUUGCGAACAGGAAUUGGAAGUAUCUGCCGCAACAAAUCAAAAACCGAAAAUAAUUUCUUUACGGAGCAUUUUUACGAAGCCAGUGUCAUGUUUCAUAAUUGGUGGAGUAUUACAAUUUGGUUGUGUGUUUAUAGAAUUAUAUUUUAUCAUGAACAGCCUGUGGAAUCAUCAAAUCUACUACACGUUUGGAUUUCUGUUAUUGGUGUAUAUCAUCUUGGUAAUAAUCUGCUCAGAGACUACCAUUUUGCUAUGCUACUUCCAUUUAUGUAACGACGACUAUAAAUGGUGGUGGAGGUCGUUUUUUAGCAGUGGUUUCACGGGAGUUUAUGUUUUCAUUUAUUCAAUUCAUUAUUUCGUCACUAGAAUGACGAUCACAGGCGUUGCAAGUACUGUUUUGUAUUUUGGGUACUCUUUCAUAAUGGCGUUGCUCUUUUCUCUGUUCACAGGUUCGGUUGGCUUUUUAGCCUGCUUCUAUUUUGUUCACAAAUUAUUAGUACAGUACCGUGAAAGCGGAAUUACAUCAACGUAAUAAAUAUGUCAAGAUCAUCAAGUCUUGUUGGCUCAUCGAGGCGAAUUGUGGUGUUUUUUAUUUAAGCUAGGUUUCCAUUUAAAUCUGAUUGGUCGAAUUGAUUCGAGCAUAUAAUUUGGAUCCCGUCGUACGAGUUAUUUAGUUGCUGUGAAUUUUGUAUUCGUCAUUGCUUUCAAAUAUACACUAAUUUUUUUAAGAAGCA